AUUGGCGCCCAUACAUUUCACUUCAUUCCCCUGCUUCUUCUCUCACCUCUCUCCUUCUCUCUCUCUCUCUCUCUCUCUCUCACCACCACCACCACAUCCAUGGACUUCGACGCCGAGUCCUCUCUCAUCUCCAAACUCCAAUCCUCCGAUCUCCACCAACUCCACCACCUCUUCUCCGAUUACUUACGCCCAUUCACCGAUCUCACCACCACCACCACCACCACCAAGCCCAAACGAUCCAAAAAACCGUCAAACGCCGCCGCCGAAGACCACCAAUCCUCCCUCCGAUCUCUCGCCAAGAAGUUCCUCUCCUUCCUCAAUCGCUCCCUCUCUCUCAUCCCCAAACGCCUCUCCGAAACCCCCAAACUCGACCCCCAAUUCGCUCUCCAAUUGUUCACCACUUACAAGCUCUGCUUGAAUUGCUUGCAACUUAUCUCUUCUCAGUUGUCCUGUAAACCCUACUCCGUUCACAUCCAGAGGGUUCGCUUGAUUCAUUGCUUUGAGGCCUGGGGACGCUACGGUGAUGCUGAAAUCGAGGGGUUUUCAGUUCUGGAGAGCCUUUGGGGGAUUGAGAUUGGCGGUACGGGGUCGAAAUUGGUGAAGAAGAAGUUUCAGUAUGUUCCGGAUUUGGGAAAUGAGAGUGUGGAUCAUGAGUUUGCUUUUUUGGUUGUGGAGAUUGUUGUGACGCUUGUGAAGUGUGUUUCUAUGAAGCAAGGAAAAGAGGAAGGACAUUACCGGAGGGUACUCACUUUGGUGGAUGAGGUCUCACCAUGGUUCAGGGUUUUGGAUGCAAGUGCACAUGAGAAGUUGCACAGGAUGCUUGUGACAUAUCUGAGUAAAUGUACUUUAUUUUUGGUUGGAGAGCUAACGUGUUUCAACAAGGAUCUGUUGUGUGAGGUCUGCUCGGCAACAUUUGCCGAGUACUCAAAAUCAAAUAUGAAAGAUCAACUGCCUAAGUUUGCUCGCAGGAUAUGUUCUUCCUUGUUCUCAAAACAAGAUUACCAAUCCUCAGCCAUCAUUGACAUAUUACUAUGCGUUUUGGACUCUAUGGCCAGUGAAUGUAAGGUUGAAAUGGAAAGCACUACAAUGGAAUUUCUUGAACUUGUCUAUUAUUGUGCUAAUAAAUGUCGAAUUGCAACUAGAGAUUUGUGCAGUGCCUUUGCAACAUAUCUAAGCAAAAUAGCAGGUGAAUUUUGUCAGGUUUCAUUGCCUUUUGACCUGAUUCUGAGGCUUUAUGGUACUGGGUUGUUCAUCAGUGACUGCAAUGGUCAGUCAAGGCAGGACAGCAGCAUGACCACGAGAAACAUGAAUGAUGGACCUGUGAUAGGAUUCUUGCUUGAUAAGGAGGAUGUGCUCCAUAAUUUGAAUGCUUUGCUUGGCAAAUUGAAAUGUCACUUUCUAACUAGCAAUAACGAUAGCAAUUUGCCAAUUAGUGAUGAAUACAACUAUUCCGCAGAUUCUGUACACGAAAUAAAUUUACACAGAGAUUCAAAUUAUAAGGCUUCUAGAGUUUGUAAAACAAAGAAUGGAAAGUCAUAUCUACUGCCUUACUGUAAUGCACUGAAAUUCUUGUGCCAGCCACUUGCUGAGUUUGUAAAUUCAGCAAGGAAAGAGAUAUUUACUGAAAUUGGAGAUGCUUCCUUUCCCACCAAGCUAUGUGAUAUUCAGGAUGCAUUCCAUCAAUUUUGUGAUGUUUUUCUUUUUUGUCACAGUGCAUUGGAAUGGGAGAGCAAUGCAUUUGAUGAUUAUGACAAAACAAUACUCAUUGUAGCUUUGGCUGCCUUCACUCUCUCGUUCAGAACUAAGCUCUACACAAAGGAGAGUGCUGAUUUUAUUAAGCAAGUUAUUUCUAUUGAUUGGAUUCAAGCUAGUGGCAUUAAAUUUCUCUUUGCCUCUCUUCACAAUGUUGGUGUUACUCUAUAUAGGAAUAAGCAAGUGAAAGAGGCUUCCAAGGUGCUGAAAUUAUGUUGUACGGCAUCAUGGACUUCUGUUUCAUAUCUUUGUGAGGCUUUUGUAAACAAAUCAAAUAGAUUUGGCAGUGAUGUGUCGGAAGAUGCUGUUGCAAAUCUUGUCAGUGAGGCAUGUGCGAAAAGUGCUUUUCUUCUUGAUUUACUUUAUCAAUGCGACAGCCAUAAUAAGGUGACUAGAAUCAUGGGAUAUAGUCUUGAAAACUGGUCCACUGCUGAGAAUGUGUUCAAUAGGCUGCCGACUCCUAUAGCUUUGGUGAAGCAGUGGGUGAAGAUAGAAUGUAAGCUUUGUAAAGAUCCAGAUACAGAGCAUAGUGCCACAUCCUUAUAUUCUUUGCUCUCAUCUUCUGCAAAAGUGUCAAAAAGGUCACUUGGUGUAUUAUUAGAGCAGGAGCUCUUAGCUUAUAAUGAAAUGAGUGCUCUGAAUCCAAGAUUAUGUCAGAAGAUGCAAAUGGAUAUCAUUGCUGUCCUCCUAGCAGAAGUGUAUGUUUCAGAUGAUAGCUGUUUACAGAAAUCUAAAAUUCUUAUUGCAAAAGGAAGGGAAUUACGGGCCUGUGGAAUUGAAGGUCUGAAUGAUUGUAUUCAGUGUUUAUCAGAAGCAAUAUCUACAAUGAAUGGCAUGAAUGGUGAAGCAGCUUGUGAGAGUAUUGCAGUUCGUCAUCAAUUAGCUGUAGCAUAUUCCUUGCGUGCACUGUGUAUCCAGGAGGCUGAACCAAACUCGAAGCGACCUUUUCAAGAUAUUCAGGCUGCACUAAAUCUAUGGUUGAGACCAGAUUGUUGCCUUGCAGAGAAUCAGUGUGAUAUGGUUUUUGAAAAUAUUUUGACUGUGUUGUAUCAUGUUGUUGAUAUGUUAUCAAUAAAGGGUUGCACCGAAUUUCACUCAGACAUAUAUGAGCUGUUGAUCAGAUUGUUUAAAAGGAAUAAUGUUCCAUUGGAGAAAUGUGUGGCUUUGUUGUGGCAGUACAGAAGGCUUGGUCACGCCCUUUGUGCUUCACCUGUGAGUGAGGCAUUCAUUACAACUUUGCCACAGCAUUGUGGUGAAGCCUCCAAGUCGAUUGAUUUCUGGGCACGUUGCAUGAACAGAUCAUGGCCGCUGGAAGUAGGGUUUCGCCAGAGCUUCUCCUUUAUGUUCACUAACAUCUCCCGUGGCUCUUGUCGCAGUAAUGGUUUUUUCCAAUCAGACAUCAAAGUUGAUGAAGUUAAGCAUGCUGCUUCAGAUCUUAUCUCCAGUGUUCCUCUUUGCAGUGGUUCAGCUUUCCUUGCUGCUCAUCUCUAUCACGACUUGUGUGGAAGAAUGAUUUCAAAGGGACAACUAAUUGAGGCUCUUUCAUAUGCAAAAGAAGCCCAUCGUUUACGUAGUAAACUCUUGCAAGAAAAAUUUAGGUACUCUGUAGAGCAGCAGAGUGAAAUUUAUGAUGAAAAUGGGGAAAUCAUUCAGAAGCGUUGUUACAAUCUUAGUACUUUCGAAAUAUGUAGUUCAGUGGCUACAACGGUUUGGUCUCAUGAUACUAUUUUAUGUGACUUGGAAGGCUGUAUUCUUACUCCAUGGAAUAUACUUCAGUGCUAUCUUGAAAGCACUUUACAGGUUGGAAUUAUCCAUGAAUUAAUUGGAAAUGGAUCUGAGGCUGAAACUCUUCUAUUGUGGGGGAAAAACAUCUCUGGCUUCCAAGGGUUGCGUCUUUUCAAAGUUGCAUUUUCUUCUAUCUUAGGAAGACUGUACCGCAAGCAACGUCAAUGGGAUUUGGCAGAAAAGGAACUUCAAAGUGCCAAGCAAAUACUAGCAGAUAGCUGUACUGCCAUUGCUUGUUUGAAAUGCAGAUUGCUCUUGGAAGUUACCAUUGACCUGCAACUGGGAGAUUUAUUCAGAAGUCGUCGUGAUAGUAAUACAGCAAAUGUUUCUGAAAAGAGAUUAUGUUAUGCAGAAGAUCUGUACAAAUCAGCUUUAGACAAACUUAAUCGUUCUGAGUGGAAAAAUUCAGUGAGUAAUCCUGAGGAAGUUGGUGCUGAGAACACAAUCACUUGUGAUGCUCUUGAGAGGGAGGUUGGCAUUUGUGCAAGCAAUUCUUUUACCUGCACAACAAAUCAUUUAGAUAUCAAGGAGUUCCUAACCAAAAAAGAUGUCCCUGAAACAAAAAAGGAACCCAAAAAGUCUAGAAAGACUAAGAAAACAUUGAAUCCUUUACCUCAGGGACAAUGCUUGAUGGCAGAGCAUAAUCCAAGAAUGACUCGGUCCAAAUAUCAUUCUCAGAGAAAUAAUGAAAGCAUUCCCUGUGAGGUACAGGUAGGGCUUUCUAAAUAUUCAAACAAUGGACAGCAUUUUGCUUUUCCUGAUGCCCUUGGGCAGAUAGUCCCACUCUUGGGAAUUGGAAGUUCUGCUGCAGACUCUGGAUGUGAAAUGAUAUGUGUUUGCAACAAAAUGAGGUGUUGGUACUGUCUUCAUAUUGAUGUUAUGGAAUCUGGGUGUGUAAACAAUUUUGUGCGAAUGAAAUGGGAGUUUGCCCGCAGGCAGCUUUCACUGAGGCUCCUCACUGGCAUAGGAAAAUGCUUGGAGGUUCGUGGUGAGAUUCAUGAAGCACAUGAAAUAGUUUUGCAAAGCUCAUCUGUGCUGGUCAGCAGAAAUGCAUUUUCUGCACACUCUUCUGUGCCACUCAGUUUCUUACUUGACUUGAUUGGGAAGGAUAUCCCUGGAGAUCCAUUAGCAGUUGAACGUGCAGCAAUACUUUACAACAUUUGUUGGUUUACUUUAAAGAGCUACCCUUGCAAUGAUACCAGGAUCAAUUGUUGUGACUUGACCCACAUUCAAAUACCAAGACUCAUAUCUUUGUUGAUGCUAGCCUUUGUUCUCUGUCGUGAGGUUCCCGUACUUGUCCAAAAGGUUUCCCGGUUGCUUGCUGCUAUUUUUGUAAUUUCUGCCUCAACUGAACUUUUUUCUCCGUCUCUCUCUCCUUGCAAAGCACUCUCUGAAAGCCACUGGGCUUCGUAUUUUCAUCAAGCUUCUCUUGGUACACAUCUUAACCACCAGCUCUUUUCAAGUAUGACAGGGAAGCAAAAAGUUCAAGACCCGAUGGAUGUUGAGGGUUCUUGUCUUACUGGCUCAAGUUCUAUUGGUUCAGAAACACUCAAUUUACUCAGGCUUGCACCUGAAUUGUUCCAAGAUCUUGAAGGAUAUGUAUUAAGAUUUUUUCAGGGCCUUCCUUGUACAGCAAUUAUCUGUCUUAGUUUGCUUGGAGGCACUCUGGCCAAUUUAUUGACCGAAUUGCUAGAUUAUCCCUCUUGCCCUCAUGCAUGGAUCUUAUUAUCUCGCUUGAAUUCAAAUAGUCAACCUGUUGUUAUACUUCUGCCUGUGGAUUCAAUUUUAGAAGAUGCUUCGGACAAUGAUACAAAUUCUGGUUCUGGGAUUCUUUUUGAAGACAAAAUUUGUGUCAAACGCUGGCACUGUCCUUGGGGUUCUACUGUGGUUGAUUACAUAGCCCCAGUCUUUAGACUGAUUUUGGAGGAGAAUUACUUAUCAUCGUCAAUGCAACCCUUAGAAGAUACAAAAAAGAACAGGUCAUUGUGGUGGAUGCAGAGAAAGAGUCUUGAUCAGCGCCUUGGCAAAUUUUUGAGGGAUUUGGAAGACUCAUGGUUUGGUCCCUGGAAAUUCUUGCUUUUGGGGGAGUGGUCUGGUUGUGAGCACCAGGAGUCACAAAAGAAACUCAUGCAUAAUCUGAAAGUUAAAUGUAAAGUGGACGCACAUGAGAGCCUGAUUAAAGUUAUUAUAGGAGGUGCUAAGCAUAUUUGUGAAAGAGAAGAAAGCAUUUUGCAGCUAAUUCUGAACAAAGGGUGUUUCAUAGAUGGAGUGGGAUAUUGUGAUCAAGAGAGGUGGGGAACAUAUGCUGAUACAAGUGAUGGAGUUGAAAGUCUGUCCAAGAAGGCCUUAAAACUAAUACUUGAAGCAGCCCGUGAAGUUGAAGAGGAAGAGUGUCUAAACAGAGAACCAGUAAUUCUGGUAUUAGAUUUUGAUGUGCAGAUGCUUCCAUGGGAAAAUCUACCGUUACUAAGGAACCAGGAGGUUUACCGCAUGCCUUCUAUCGGCAGCAUCUCUGCCACACUUGAUAGAUGCUGCCAACUCAAGGAGCAAGUUUGGAGGAAUCCUGUAAUCUUUCCAUUGAUGGAUCCGCUGGAUGCAUUUUAUUUGUUGAAUCCUGGUGGUGAUCUCAGCAGCACACAAGUUGAAUUUGAGGAUUGGUUUAGAAAUCAAAACUUGGAGGGAAAGGCAGGAACUGCACCCACAAUUGAAGAGAUGGUUUUAGCCUUGAGAAGCCAUGAUCUCUUCAUUUAUUUUGGUCAUGGAAGCGGAGCACAGCAUAUUCCAGGGCAUGAAAUUCAGAAACUUGAAAAUUGUGCCGCUACUCUCCUGAUGGGUUGCAGUAGUGGAUCUCUAUCUUUGAAUGGUAGUUACGCUCCACAAGGUGCUCCUAUCUGCUAUCUGUUAGCAGGUUCUCCUGUUAUAGUUGCUAAUUUGUGGGAAGUGACGGACAAGGACAUUGAUCGAUUUGGCAAGGCCAUGCUUGAUUGUUUGUUGAAAGAAAGAUCAACUGCUUCCACGGGUUGUGUUCAAUGCACUUCAGUUGCAGAAAAGUUCAAGUCCAUGAAGAUAACCGGAACUAAAGGAAAUGCUAAGAAGAAAACAUCAAGAAAAAAUAUGCCUGAAAAUUUUGAUGAUAGCAUCUGUAAUAAUUGUUGUAACCACAGACCAAAGAUUGGUUCUUUCAUGGGUCAAGCUCGAGAAGCUUGCAUACUCCCUUUCUUGAUCGGGGCAUCACCAGUAUGCUAUGGUGUUCCAACAUGCAUUAGUAAGAAGAAAGAUUUGUAAAAUUGCAAAUCUUCACAUCCUUUCACUUCUGUGUCCAGUAUUCACGAGAUUACAUUGCACGGCCUUGCCAACUGGGUGCAAAGACGUAGCCAUUUGCCAGUAAGACCAGUUUCUUUUACUGUUGACAUGUGCAGCUUAACCUCCUGAUUCCUUGCACUGAAAUUGGUUAAUAUUUUGCCGUCAAGUUUUCUGCAGCCGAUACUGGAAAAAAAUUAUUUGUUGGCCUAAAUAGUUGACAUGUCAAUGAGUUAUGACAAGUUGUAUUGUGUAUUCUACUUCCUGUAAUAUGACAUUUUGUAUCUUCCAUUGAGUAUGUACUUCAAAUCAUAGGAUCUAUACAAAUUGUAAUUGUAAGGGACAUGCCAUUGGUUUGUUUAUUUGAGUCCUCUUUUUUCUGUAUUGGUGAGAAUGUUUGCCUCAGAAUUAGGAUCAUCUUGACUUGGCAAAUAUUUGUGAUUCAGAGCCGUUGAUGCAAAUGACUUGUAUACUACCGUCCAUCAGAAGAAAUGGCAGCUAUUAAUUUCCUGUA